AUGAAGGCCAACAAGAUUGAACCUCAGAGCCAGACAAGAAAACAAAAAAAGGAUACUCCAUGGAUUUUACACAUCUUCAACCACAAAUGCUUUGUUACUACCAUUAUUGGCUGCUACAGCUGCCACUGGAAAAUCAAACAGGAGAAAAAAUUUAAACAUGGACAGUGCUGCUCUUUGAGAGAACGAUUAUUUUACCCAUAUCUGGUCAUUUCAUUUUGCAUGUCUGUGCUUUUGGUGUUCGUGUGGGUAGAAUCAUCAAAUGAAUACAACGGCUUUGACUGGGUCAUUUUUAUAGGUACAGGACUCUGGUUCUUCUGGUCCAUUGUCUUACUGAGUUUCCUGGGGAUUCUGGCUGCCUACACAUCAUUGUUGUUGGUACUUGGGAUUUUGUUGCUUUGGGAGGGGAUUGAAUUGUACCUGCACUGGUGUCAUAAGACCCUGAUUCUGCUAGUGAUUGUGAUAUGCUCAUUUUUUUUCUGGAUUUUAUUCACUUACUGGAAAGACAGAUGGCUCACCGUUGGGCUGUCACUGCAGGUCUUUGCUCCCUACAUACACCUGAGCAGCAUAGCUAUGAUGGUUAUUCUUUCAUGGCCUUUGGCUUUCUACUUGAUCCAUUUGGAAGGAGAAGCUAGAAUUAGAAGAUACCAGAUGACAUGUAAUGAGAGAAAAAGAAACAAGAGGUGUAAUGUGCUCACAAAGUUGAGAGCUCUACAAGUGGCUAUUGGAUUGCCCUUUUUUCUUAUCCUUUUGUGUCUCUAUUUGCUUCCAUUGGGGAAUUUUUCUCCCUGCGUUCAGGAGAAGAAUAAAUUGGCACCCAAGCCGGACUUCUUUGGACAUAGAGGUGCACCCAUGCUGGGGCCUGAGAAUACCAUCAUGUCCUUUGAGAAGGCUGUUGAACAUGGGGCCUAUGGACUGGAGAGUGAUGUACAUAUAAGUUACGAUCAUGUGCCUUUUCUCAUGCAUGACUCUGACCUGAGAAGAACAACCAAUAUCAAGGAGGUCCUGCCAAAUGCCUCUUUGACACACCCAUCCUUAUUUGAUUGGGAUUUCCUGUCGACUCUGAAUGCAGGCAAAUGGUUUUCACAUGCUCUGAUCAAACCAUUUUUUGGUAUGAAACCCUUAUCAAAGGCUGACAGGGAAAGAGCAGGAAAUCAGAAGAUUCCAAAGCUAACUGAAUUAUUGGAACUUGCACAGAAGGAAAAAAAGUUUGUGAUCUUUGAUCUUAAUGGCCCUGCACCAAAUCAUUCUCUCAGAGCUUUGUAUGUCCGCCAUGUAGUAAGCAUAAUCCUUGACUCUCAGAUUGAGCAACAUCUGAUUUUUUGGUUGCCAAGUUUUGAAAGGGAGUAUGUCAAGAAAAAAGCUCCUGGUUUUCAGCAAGUGGGCCGGUUACUCCCUGUUGAACGCCUCACAAAAGAAAAUAUCACUAGAAUAAACGCUGACUACAAGAACUUGUUCUACAAUGGGAUGAGAGAAUAUAAAGCAGCUAACAUCAGCAUCAACUUAUAUCUUGUCAAUGAACCUUGGCUCUUCUCACUGGCCUGGUGCUCCAGGAUUCCCUCCGUGACCACAGACAACAUUCAGGUCCUGAAUGAGAUGACUCAACCUUCCCACUUCAUGACACCAAAGUACUAUUUGUUUGUGUGGAUUCUCAUGGAUAUUCUUUCUGCAGUUUUCAUUGUUGCCAUAUUUUAUUUUCAUUGGUGGAAAGAGAGCAAACAAGAAAAAUUCCUCAAGAGCAGCAGCAUUCACACAGAAUCUUUGAGUACAAGCCUCCGAACUGGAAAUAGUAAGAAUCAAGGACCUUCAUGUAUAUCCAUAGAUCCUGUCUCCCGAGUUAUGGAAAUUCCUUGGACUCACGCAGCCCUCUCCCCAGCUUUAACCAAGAAUGUAAGGAAAUACCCAGACUCUAGCUGUGUUUCAGUAGUCCCCAUGAAGAAAGCCAGCAAAUCAGAGCCAGUCAGCAAAACCAUCAAGACACCAGUGCCUGGUGAGGGUAACAUUAGACAACUGGUCCCCACCUUGAAGGCCUCUGAAUCCAUCCAAGCACCUGUCCAGGAGUCUGCCAGAGAGGCCAUCUUCCAGUCUUCAUCAGCCAUGAAGGCAAAUGGAGCAUUUUCCUCCAUAGACGUCUCUCAUCCUCAGAAGCAAACUGAAAGACCCCCCAAUACUAAAUCUUCCGAGGAAUCCCUUCCUGUUUUCAUCACAUCCAGCCCAUCCUCCUCCUCCUAA